CGUCAUCCUCGGGUUCGGGGAAGAAACGGACCGGUUCCAUUUUUUCACCUCUUUUACUUUCUCUCCAUCAACGACACCGGAGCCGUGAUGUCAGAGAACCGGGAGGAGAAGAGGAGGAGGUGGAACAUGGAGCAAAUCUCCGGUCUACAUCCAGGCUGUGCCCCGGACUGCACCACCACCGCCGCCGCCACCACCUGCCCUCCCGGUACCGGUCAAUGAGAGGCAGCAGCAGCUCGGUCUGAAGAGCAAGUCCUCCCUCGUUUUCUCUCCUUUACCUCCUCCCUCUUUCUUCUAUCAUGCUCUCCUCACUUCCAUAUGAUGAAGAACACAGUUGUCUUAUUUUAGCAACCCUACCUUCCUCCUCCUCUUCCUCCUCCUCUUCUUCCUCCUCUUCCUUCUCUCUUGCCCUCCUCUCUCUUGAGUUUUGACUCCCUCUCUUUUUACAAACACACACACACACACACUCACACGCUGGAAAAUGAAGCGUGGGUCGAGUGUGUUGCAGCCUCCCUCUGAUGCAGCCAAACGACACACACACCCUGCAAACGCACACACACAGACACACACCAGUGGUAGUGUUGGUGGUGAUGCUCGUUCACUGAGUGUGUCCAACACACAUGCUGAACACACACAGGACACACACACCGAAGGUUCAAGCCCUUUCCCAGCAGCCACCUCUCUGUUCAGCCCUGAUGUCAGCACCAAGAUGGCGUCCGACCUCCUCAUCAAACUGUCAGAGGCCACCCAGAAGGCCCAGGUGCAUCCUGGGAGCCUAAUGGAGGCGGAGCCUCAGCGGCGGGAGGCUCUGCUGGAGGUGCGUGGCGGGCAGCAGGACGAGCCCGGCCUCGCUCUCUCACCAGACGGCCCUGGGGCGAGUCCUGAGCCGCCGUCUCUCACGCACACACCCGAUGGCAAUGCCACCACGGACACGCUGGCUUCAGACCUGCUGAGGAAACUGGCAGAGCGCCAGGAAGUGAACUGCCAUGACGUCAGGGUCAAAGAAGAAGAAGAGCCAAUGGAAGUUGACACAAGGGUUGUCUCUGACCUCAUCCGUGAUCGACCAGUCACAGAAGAGAUGACCUCAUCUUCCCCAAAGAUGGUGAACCACCAUCUCGUCAUCAAAUCAGAAGACCAGGGUCUCCAUGGAAAUGAGCAUCCCGAAGGCAAAGUGGCCGAACAGUGUCUCGUAGGCCUUAAGGUGGAAGACAGUUUCUUCACUGAAGGCUCCGGCUCCAAGACGGGUGAUGGCGUUGCCUCUGGUUCCAACACGUUUCCGUUUCGCGGCGUCUCUGGGACCAAGAUGACAGAACAGCUUCUCUCUGGAGCCAAGAUGGAGGACCAGUUUCUCUUUAAAGCAAAACUUGCAGAGCGGCCUUUCUUCUCAGCAAAGUUUCUCUCCGGAGUCAAGAUGAAGGACGAGUUUUAUUCAGGUGUCAAAAUGGAGAACCAGCUUCUCUCUGAGGCCGGGGUGAUGGACCCGGUGUUUUCCAGAGCAAAAACAGAUGAGCAGCUUUUCUUUGGAGCCAAGAUGGAGGACCAGUGCCUCAGGGCCGUGCUAUGGCAGGACAUGUCGGUAAACCUGGCGUCCACGCUGCUGCACCAGCUCUCAGAGAGGGUCAGUAAAUCCAACAGUCAGCUGGUGGAGAGGUCGACUCCGCCCAUUAGAAGCAGUCCCGCUUUGAAGCUGAAUGGUGACCCACUCCGUUCUUCGUCACUUGUGAGAACCCAGGAACCUCCACAUGAAAAGCCAACCGGCCUCAGCAGAGAUCAGACUGCAGGUUACUUCUACAGGUGUCAUGUGUGCGGGUUUGAGAUGGAGGGGCGCGUCCUUUUCCAGAGUCACAUGACAGAGCACCGCCAAUGGGAGCACGGCUCCUUCUCGCUGCACUGCUGCGUGUGCGACCACUCGACCAAUCAGGAGGCAGAGAUGAGGGCUCACGCCGACACGCACCUACACAGCGACUCAGGAGUCAGCGGAGACGUGAGAUCCAGCCAAUCAGAGAGCGGCGAGCGCAAAGACGUCACUUGA